AUGUUUGGAAUGGACCCUGUACUAUCUGGAUCAUUGUGUUUCUUAGUACUGGCUAUUGCAAUGUAUCUGAAGUUUAUACGUGAACAGCCAUGGAGUGAUGAAGAAAUAUCAGAUCAUAAGAGUAGCCCUGUGGAUCGAGAAGAUGAUACAAUGCCCUUCCUACAUCAUCAGACAUCUGCUUCUUCUUCUACUGCUGCUGCUACUACGAGAUUGCAGGUUCAGCAGCUGAACAAAGGACCAGGAAGACAAAUGAAUCAAACAAUACAGCAGAAGCUGCAACAACCUCAUCAUGGGUAUGCAGGAUUCAUGCAGAGUAGACAAAUGACGUCCUCUGCGGUGGUAGCUGUUGGCGUCAAGGUUGCAGCUGGAUCGAAUUAUUUACCCAAGAAUCAGCCCAUGAGAAGGCGAACGUAUAGUGCAACGAACGCAUCGACGACUUCACACAGUAACGAGGCUCAAAAUUCUGCUAUAGAUGGAGAAGUUGGCAUGGAUCAAUUGCCGACUACCAUUUACGAAGGAGCUAAAUAUGAUCAGCUUCAUGAACAGAGACAACCACCAGACUCGUUACGGAAUCAACAUCGGAUCACGUUUGAUGAUUACGAUGAAGAGAUGGGCUUGCUAUCGCCACCUCGACAGGCGGAUACAGUGGAUGACUCUUUGGAAAGUGUGUCGUUUGAAGACGAGAACAACGAGUUUUAUGACCUGGAAAACCAUCGACCGAAAGACCAUAUGCUUUACAUUACAGACACGUCAGAGCAAGGACUUAACCCAAUCCAGAUGGGAGGACAAUAUCGGGGUGGAGACCUGCUGGAAGUGCCGGAUACGGCAGAUACGUCUUCUGACGCAAAGACACUGAAAACAAACAUUGAGCGGCAAUUUGUGCGGGAUGUCGCUCCACCAGCUCAAAUGCAACUCGAGGUCGCGCGCAAGGCACGGAUCCCGCUGUUUCUGCACUCGCCAAUGUAUGUGAAAACAUCGGCGGCCCCUGUGGUUGAUGAUGUUAAUGCUGGAUGCAUUGCAGAGUUCGCAGUAGAUGAGGUACAAGAAGAAUAUGAUGCUGAAGAUGGCGAGGGCGGUGCUCGGCCCGACGGAGUAGGAGGUGCAGUAGAUGGAGCUGUUAUAGAUGCUUCUGAAAACCGUACACGAAGAAAAAGACCAAAAUUGUCGAAGGCCAAAACUGACAGUUUGCAUAUCGACUUCAAGGAGCUGCAAAUUGAUGAGAUGAUCGGUCAGGGUGCAUUUGGAACCGUGCAUCGUGCUAAAUGGCGUGGAGCUGCAGUGGCCGUGAAAAUUCUAGUUUGUCAGCACCUGACUGCUGACAUACUUGGAGAGUUUGAAGCCGAAGUGCAGAUCAUGAGCAUAUUAAGGCAUCCCAACAUUUGUUUACUAAUGGGUGCGUGUCUAGAGCCACCAACGCGGUGCCUCGUGAUUGAAUACUUGCCCCGCGGUUCGCUCUGGAAUGUUCUUCGCCAAGAUGUUGUCAUUGAUAUGAUCAAGCAGCACAGUUUUGCACGUGAUACAGCACUUGGUAUGAACUACUUGCAUUCGUUCCAGCCACCAAUCUUACAUCGGGAUCUAAAGAGUCCUAAUUUGCUGAUUGAUUCUUCCUACGGGCUCAAGAUUUCCGAUUUUGGGUUAGCUCGUGUUCGUGCGCAUUUCCAGACAAUGACGGGCAAUUGUGGCACAACACAAUGGAUGGCACCAGAGGUCUUGGCUGCUGAAAAGUACACGGAAAAGGCAGAUGUGUUUUCUUACGGUGUUGUUAUCUGGGAAACCAUUACACGACAGUGUCCGUAUGAGGGUCUCACACAGAUUCAGGCAGCACUUGGUGUACUAAACAACAGUUUGCGUCCCACAGUUCCAGAGAAUUGUCCGUUCUUGUUCAAGAAAUUGAUGACGAUCUGCUGGAUGAAUAAUGCUGAAGAACGACCGAGUUUUGAAGAAAUACUGGACAUCCUCAACAGUUCUUCUAGUAACAUGUCGUUACUUAAGCCAGCACCCAAUGACGUAUGA